AGUUAUCAUCUUAAUAUUGGCAUUUAUAUUACUGCGCAUAGGAUACACCCUAUACAUCAUGAAUUGCUGCAGUGAAAAAACUACAUAUGUGCCAAAGGUCCAUCAAAUCACUUGUGGUAUUGGGGUCAGGAGGUCAUACUGGGGAAAUGCUCAAAAUCAUUCGUGCACUGGACACACACCGCUACAGCCCGAGAGUGUAUGUGGUUGCUGCAACUGACUCUGUUAGUCUGAGACGUCUGCAGGAUAUGGAAAAAGAGUUUAAGGAAAGAGCCAAAGGACCUGAUGAAGAGGACCAAUAUGUAGUUGAGGUUGUGCCAAGAUCACGUGAAGUGGGUCAGUCGUGGCUGUCAAGUGUGUUCACAACAGCUUGGGCCUUUGUCUUCAGCAUGUUUAUUGUUUUUCGCCAUCGGCCAUCGCUCCUACUCACCAACGGGCCAGGAACAUGUGUCCCAAUUUGCAUUGCAGCUUUCUUGAUGAGAGUUUUAUGUCUGUGUCAGAUUCGUAUUGUCUUCAUAGAGAGUCUGUGCCGCGUGUUGUCUCUCUCCCUCUCAGGCAAGAUUCUUUAUAGGAUUGUUGAUGAUUUCUUUGUACAGUGGCCACAACUUAAGGCUAAAUAUCCAAGGUCUAUAUACAUGGGUCGUUUGGUGUAAGUUCAGGAUUCGUGAGAUUUAUGUUUUGAGAAUCUAAGUGCCUUGCUAAGUAUAAAUAUGUUUCACUGAUCUCAUAGAAUAUAUGUAAUCUAGAGCAA